CUCUGUGGAACUCUGCUAAACAUUAGCAGACAACCACAAAAAUCCUGUCUUCUGCCAUCCAGCAAACCUGCCAUCCAUGCUAAUAUCUGCCCUUUGAUACCGUGGGUUCUCAUCUUCCUUAGCAGCCUAUAUGUACUCUUUUAUGUAAAUCGAGCGUAAAAAAAACAAAGAAUUUCACUGUACCUAGGUACAUGUGACAAUAAAGUAACAUCAUGGAAGCUGCCCCUUCGGCCCAACUUGUUCAUGCCAACCAAGAUGCCCCAUUUACAUUAGUUUCACCUGCUCUAAUCUUUUCCUAUCCAUGUACCAGUCUAAAUGUAAUCACAGUAACUACCUCCUCUGGGAGCUCGGCCCAUCUGUGACCCCCUGUCCCCAACCCCAUGGACAUGUCCGUCCUGUCUAACACUAACCCCGCCCGCCCGGCCGGCUCUGCUCUGCGGAAGGGGCGGCCUCACUCACUCACUCACUCACAGCAGCGGCCGCGGGUAAGAUGUCUCCCCGGGGUUUGCGCUGGUUGGCGGCGGUGGCGGUGACUCUGGUCUCGCUGCCCGGGGCCCAGGCGCUGGACGGCGGCGACGCGGUGGCGCUGCUACUAGGCCUGGCCAUCAGCACGGUCGGGCUCUGCGCCUGCCUGGGCUGGUACUCGCGGCGGCGGCAGCAGCUGUAAGUGAGAGCGGGGCCCGGACUCCCCGUCCCCUGGGCCGUGGAUCCACUCACCGCGGGCCCGGGAUGUCCCUACACCGGGCCGGGCCGGGCCGGGAUUGUGAGCGGGGCGGCGGCCGGGCCUCAUCCCCGGGCUGGUAGUUGCGGCGGCCCCGACCCAUGCGGACAGGCAGCAGCGCCGGGCCCGACCUCAGGCCUCACCACCGGGCCCAGAGACCGGGGACUCGCCGCCGCCGGGACCGGGGAUCCGCCCCACAACCGGCUGUAAAGUUUGUCGCCGCCGCCGGGGACCGACCCACCUUCGGCCAUCGCUUUGGACACGGACCCAGGCCCAGGCCCAGGCCGCGGUGUAAAGUUUGUCGCCGCCGCCGCUGGAAGGUUGAAGGAGGCGCGGCCACGGUCCCCGCUCCCGGACAAACUGUGACUUUGUUUAAUCGCCGCGCUACAAAUUGGGCAUCAGUUUGUGUUUAAAUGUUGGGUUUGGGUUCGUGAAUCACCGUCUAGUUUGAACUUUACCUCCCGGUGCCGCAAAAAUACUGCCACAAGUCGGCGAAAGUUUCACUUUGUCAGUCGCUGCAGCUCGUUUGUUCCGCGUUGGGGUUAUUCACUGCCUUGGGAUUAGGGUUGGGGUUGGGAUUGGGGUUAGGAUUGGGAUUAGGGUUGGGAUUGGGAUUAGGGUUGGGGUUAGCGCUGCGGGUUCACAUUCACUGCCGUCGCUUCACCUACAACACUGAGGUGUCCCUGUGGAACCGAGACUUGUUCAAUGACUAGGAACAUUUAAUGUUGUACGAUUUGUAUAAAUUAACUUUUUUUGACAUUGAGGUCGCACAACAAAUCAACAACUUUGUACUUGUUCGGUGUAGACUUGAUUUCAAAUGUGUUCACAAUGACUUGUGCGGUUGGUGGGCACCAAAUUAUUACCCUUCUAUAAAUGCAAAUUAAAGGCCAAUACUAUAAAUUUGGUUACAUUAAUCAACAGCUCAUCUUUGGAGGCAAGAGACUGCAGAUGCUGGAAUACAGCCAAAAAUGGUGUUGGAGAAACCUGAAGGAUCCCUAUCCAAAAAGUCUGAAUGUUCCCUCCACAGUUGUUACCUGGCCAGCUGAGUUCCUCCAGCACUUUGCUUUUUGCUUGGCUCUCAAUGUUUACAGAUACGAUACUUGUGAAUAUUUUAAACCAGGGGUACCCAACCUUUUUCGUCCCGUUUACCCCUGGCAACCUUAAUAGCACGUAACAAUGUUAUUUCACUUAUUUAUGAACAACUAAUGAUGAACAGAUACCGGCAUACCAGAACCAAGCACAGUCAAUCAAUGAGAAAAAUAUGUACAAACCUGGAAUCAACAAAUUUACCCCCCUGGGUAGGUGAAAUUUACCCCCUGGGUAGGUGAAAUUUACCCCAGGUUGGGAACCCUUGUUUUAAACAAUAAAAAGGGGAAUCAAAACUAGAUCCCCUGUGAUAUUGCAGAGGUCACUCAAAAUCAGACUGAGUUGUAGUUCUCCCAUACACCAAUAGCAGUAAUCACCAAAGAUCCUAUAGCAAGGAUCCUAUCUGCUAUAGGAUCUUUGGUAAUCACCACCUUCCAUUGAGACCAGGCUGAGUUGAAUCAGAGUUAACCUGCGGUCAAAGUUUGACACUUUGUUUUAUUUCUUGCUUGCAACCAGUAACAAACCUAUUAAUCUAAAUUUAAAACCAAUCUCGUACUUUUUUUACCAAGCUGCAUUUCUUAAUGUGUCCUCUAAUCUGGGCUUCAAAGAUGUUUGCAGUCAUUGUUACAUGAGGCAGAUUGCUUGUUAUGCAAAACAAAUGACUAACAACACUACGGUUUCCAGCUUCAUUGUGUGAAGAAUGGUUGCAUAAAUACGUAUGAACAUGUAUUGCAACAUGUUGUAGUUUAUUGUCAUUUACUGCAUAUCAAUUGGAAAAGUUUGUUUCACCUUUUAGUUUCAGAAUCAAUUAAAUGUGAUGUUUAAUUUUAAAGUUGAAAUUGUAAAGAGGAAUUUUGUAAUGAUGCAAAUGAUUGAAAUUUUUACUUUGUCAAUGUGAAAUGUUCUUAUUGGCCCUACUUUGUGUUGAACCUACCUGCAACUUUCCCACUCCAUAAAUGAAAAUUCAAUCAUC